AUGGCAACCCCGACGGCCAUGAAGCUGGCGCCCUCGCAACAGGGCCGGACCCCUGCGGCAGCCACGCCUCCCGUCUCGACCCCCUUCAGCUCACAACACCAGCACACGGCGUUCUCGCCUCUCGGGCCCCGGUCAUCACCACAGAACGUGAAGAAGUCGCCCGCAAACUCGGCCACGCUCAUGGGCCUCAGUGCCAGUAGUAGCGGCAUCCCAGGCGGCAGCGCUGGCCCUGGCAGCAACGCUGCCGUGAACUACGACAGCCCGGCCGCCGCCGCCAUGGGCACCCUAGGCGUGGACCUCGGCGGGCUGGACAAUGUCAGCGUCGUCGGCGGACUGGCCCACCUGGGCAGCGUGCUCGGCCGCAACGACGACGACGAGCGCGCGCGGCGGCUGCAGACGGUUCUGCAGCUGCUCCAGGCGAGCAAGGGCCACGUCAGCGAGGCCGGUCUCGAGCGUCUGGCCAAGUCCAUGGGGCUCGAGUGCCUGUGGGAGGAGGCCAUGGGGGGCGGCGGCGGCGGCGGCAACGACGCCCGCACGCUGGUUGUGGCCGGUUCGGCGCUGGCCCUCGAGAUUGCCGUGGCCAACAACAUUGUCCAGUCGGUGUCCGUGACCUUCCCCGAGUCGCGCAGCAUCGUGCUGCGGCACGUCGAGCGCGCCGACAAGAUCUUGCUGCACAACCUGCAGCUGCAGCCCGGCGAGAGCCCGCUCACAAAGACGCUGGACCGCUUUGCCGCGAACCUGGAGACGCUGGCUGUGCUGGACAAGCUGAGCGUCGAGCCGGGGCUGAACCUGUACGAGGCGGUGGCCGGCAUCUAUGAGACGCUGGACCGGCUCUUCCAGUGGGACCUGCAGCAGCUGCGCAACGACCCGACCCUCCCAACCCACACCCAGAGCACGGGCCGCGACGAAGACGCGCUGGUCACGACCGUGCAGUGUGCGCGCCACGGCCGGCCGACCAUGCACGAGGGCGGCCAUUUGGGCCUGGGCAUUGACUACUGGAAGCAGAUGCGUCAUGUGCGGCCGGUGCGGGCAGCAGCAGCAGCUGCUGCUGCUGACGAUGUGGGCGUGGUCGCUGGCACGGGGGCUGGACCGGGCGACACAACCUGGCGCAUCUUGAUCGGCUGCGCCCCGACAAGCAGUGCGCUCAUGUACCCGCCCGUGCGCGUCUCCGACAAGUGGCUGUCGGACGCCAUCGAGAAGCCGGACAAUAUGUUGCUGGGCGGCAACAGCAACCCGGCCCAGCCAGAUUUGGACUGGCUCGAGCCGGAGAACACCAUCUUGCCAUCGACACAGCAGCCCGACGGCGCGAGCAAAGCCGAAGGCGACGAGGAGGCACCCACGACCCUGGCCGGCGCCAAACUUCCCGAUGUGCGCUUCCAUGCCGUGUUCCAUCCGCCUGUUGUCUUGCCGCUGGCGCUGUGGCACCAGAUCAACGAGCUUGUCGGCCUUGUGCCCGAGACCGACGCCCAGCCGCCGGCUACGUUUGACGCGCUGCUCUUCCCCGUGCCGCCGGGCACGCAGCACGACCCGAGCGAGCCGCGGACGAUCCGGCGCGACAAGGAGGUCGCGUCUCGAUCCGAUGCGGGCGGCACGAUCGCCGCCACGAAGCACCACCACGCGCUCUUCAUCUACAAGCCCGUCUACGGGCGUCUGUUGUCGGAGCUGCCGUUCUCCCACCCAAGCCAGGUGGUGCGGAUGCUCCCGACGCUGCGACAGUAUGCCUUUCUUGCGACGGUGCUGCAGAAUGCAUUCGGCGCCGAUCCGGAGGCCGCAGCCAAAAACGCCAACGCCCCGCAAGCACCUGCCGCAACCGCACCGUCCAAGACAUUCAAGGUCCCCAUCAGCGGCCGGGCAAAGACGUCGACACUUGCCACGGCCGACGACGAGUUUGAGCGCUAUGCUGCCGGCGGCGGUGCCACCCGAUCCGCGCCACGGCCCUCUCGUGCUCUGAACAUGGACGUCGUGCUCACAGCGCAUCCGGUGCCGCGCCUGCAGGUUGUGUUUCCCUUCCGCGCGGCCACGGCGGACGUCGUCCUCGAGAUUGGUCCCAAUGCGCAGGUACACGUGGUCUCGCAGAACCUCUUGGACGACGAGGACGGCAGCAUCAAUAGCAGCAACGUCGCCGACGGAGCCGACACGGGCAAGGGCAAGGGCAAGGGCAAGAACCGGCGUCUCUACCCGCAGGACCUGGGACGGAUCCUCGAGGUGUGCGAGGACCUGGGGGUGUGGUGUGAGUGGAUCCGGAGCCGGUGUUCGUGA